UAUUUUUAAAUAAAUAAGCACUCCCACUUUUGGUUUGUCAUGCAUUUCUCACUCUCUUUUACACUCUCUGCCAUUUCCUUCUUCUUCCUCCUCCUCCUCUGUUUCUCUCUCCAAUGGACACCCGUUUCAAGCUCCGUCUCUCUCGCGUCUUCCAAUCCUCUUUCGCCUCUUGCCGUUCCCGUAAUCUCUCCGAUAUCCUCCAUAAAGCCGUCUUCAUUCCCUCCUCCGACGACGCCAGUUUCCGUAAGAACCUAUCCGCCGACGAAACCCUCUCUUCCUCUCGCGAUUUCCUUCUCCCCCGACGGAAAAUCACCCACCGAUUUCCUCUCUCCCCUUUCCCCUCUGCAAUUCCCGGUGGCCGGACUUGCCCUCCGGCGUCCCCGAUCUCCCCCUCCAAACCCUUUUCCGAAAAAUCGACGACAACGACCAAGAAGAAGAAGAAGAAGAAGAAACAGAGGAAACAGAGGAAACAAAGUCCGAUCUGCCCGCUGAGUUCGGCGAAUUUCGGCGGUACGUGGUGGUACAGUAGCGAGGAUGAGGAUGACGAUGAUGAAACAGACACCCUUUUUUCUUCUAAAUCGCGUUCUUCUGAUUCGUCGGUAUCUCACCGGCGGCACAAGUCUCGUCGGAGAAGAGGAGGUCGGAGCCGGAGCUCUGAAAUGGGGGUUUUGCCGUUGAAAGGGAAAGUGAAAGAUAGUUUUGCGGUGGUGAAGAAAUCGAGCGACCCAUAUAAUGAUUUUAGAACCUCGAUGUUGGAGAUGAUUGUUGAGAAACAGAUAUUUUCAGCUAAGGAUCUUGAGCAACUCUUGCAAUGUUUUCUCUCUUUGAAUUCCCACCAUCACCAUAAUGUGAUUCUUGAGGUUUUCACUGAGAUUUGGGAAGCUCUGUUUUCUGAUUGGGGAUCUUGAUCUACAACAAAACUCUCAUCUGAUUCCCUUGUUUUGUUCUUUUGUUUGUAAGACUAGUAAAUUAAUUAAGCCUAACUUUUAUUGCUUAUUAA